ACAAGUUCGCGUUUGCCCCGCUCCGUCAGACAUUAAACAAUCAUGGCGGACUACCGAGAGGCGCCCUUGGCCAGUCGGCCAAAAACAUUGGAUCCAAAGGAAUAUUUCAACCUUUCCGCGGAACAGAGGCGUGCCGAAGAAGCAAGGGCUGCACUACGCGCAAAGCUGAAGCGGCAGUAUCAGCUACAACUCAAUAACCCGCACAGAAAAGAGGUCAUUGAAGACCCUGCCCUGACACGCUUGGUGUACGCACGAGCCAACCCCUACACUCACUUCAGGCCCACAAACAAGACCUCUCUGUUGGGUGCAAUGAUUGGACUUGUGCCUCUCUUUGCCUUAUACUUUGUCUUCAAGACAGACAGGAAUAGGAAGGAGGAGAAGAUUAAGGCCGGUACCCUCGAGCGCAAGUUCAGUUUGUCAUUUUGAGCCUGGAUGUAGAAAGAGAUGAUGUCCAUGUGUUUAAUUGUUAUUAACCGAAUAAAAUUAUAUUGUCAAACAGG